CAGCGAGCAAAGUAGCGCUAGCACAUGUGCAAGAUGCAGAGCAAGAGUCAGUUGACGGCCAGUCAAGUUUCAUUAUGAUCGUUUUAUUAUUAUUAUUUUCUAUUAUUUUAUAUUUUUCUCCCCCCCCUUGUUUUACUGCACGCCAGGUCUCCAGAGAUUCAAGCACUUGCCGGGCGUCACAGCAAACAAACACAGUGCAGAUGUCCAUGUCAGAAAGACGGUGUGCCCGUUUGGGAAAGAAAACUGACCUUUCUAUGGCUUACCUACCUACAGUGGUUUCGGCCUGCAGACAAGACAGCUCACGAACACGACACUGAAUUUUUGACGUUCCCGGAAACACAUCCGACAAUCAUCUGUCAAGAGUUUUACGCGUCAAGCACUAGCAGCAGCAGCGACAGCGAGCAGUGCAGCGAGACUUGUAGUCAGUUUUCCGACAGAUCCCACGUCGCCGGCUUUGUGGCCCUUGCAAGGAAUCAUGUUCGGGACGAGAAAACAUCAAAUCUACCUUGCCUUACCUUGCCCAGGCACAUCAUUCCUAUGAAAUUUUCACCCGUGAAUAAUUGCGCUAAGCUAAAAGGUUGAUGGGCCAAUCGUUCAACAGAAUUAUCUAGUCUCACACCAUAUACUCCGCACAUGUUUUCAUCAGUGUUACCUCAAUCGAUAGUCUUCUUUACAGAACUAAUCAAAGCGACAGAGUAUAUUAUGUUGCAUUGUUGGCGCGAGUAAACCAAUCCCGGGCACAGACCACCCUUUUUUGGCUUUAAGGGAAAAAAAAGGAAAAAAAAGUAGCAUCCCCGGAUGGGUCGACCGACUCGAACCCGUUGGUCGAUUACUCGGUUUCCUCGUUUACUUCUGGAGAGAACCAGCGGUGGCGGCGACCCAAACCUACCCUUCCCCCGCAAAAAAAGGAAAAGCAAGUUUGGCCACUCCAUCUAUCUAACGGACGACUGGCUGUUCGCAGCCUGCCAGAACCUCGGCAUUUUGUAUCGUCUAAACUUCUGUGGGACAAAAAAUCACAGACACACCCAGUCAUGUCUGGAAUCCGAGUCAUCUCCGCGGUGGCCGUUGCCUGGGCGCUUGCUGCGUUGUUUACUGGCUUCUGGAAACUGCAGCGGAACAUCGCCAGCGCCAAAAGAACAGGCUUCAAUUACGUCAUUUGCCCGUAUAAUCCUCACAAUCCACUAUGGUUGACCAUUCAAGUUCCUUUCUUGGCCCUUCUCAAGUCUGUGGCACCAACAGUAAUGGGAACAGCCACCCUGACUGUCUUGACAAAGGACUGGGCAUUUAAAAUCGACCAUGGAGAGAUAUGGCGUAAGCUUGGUGACACGUUCAUGGUGAUUACCCCUUGGACCCUGAUCGUAUACACCCGCUGCCCAGAGGCCAUCCAGCAGAUCACCAGCCGGCGUGACGACUUCCCCAAGGCCGUUGAGCAGUACGGAGUCCUGGAGAUGCUCGGCGCAAACAUUGUCACGACCGAGGGUGCCGUCUGGAAGAUGCACCGCAAGGUCACGAGCUCGCUGUUCAACGAGGUGAGCGCCGCGAAUGCAUUUGAAGAGACCGUCCGUCAGACCCAGAGCAUGCUGCGAAUAUGGAGGGGCCACAGCGACGAUGAUGGCCAGGACGGCCAGGUCGCAGCCGACGGCAGGACCAUCAGCUCAUUGGCACACGACACAAUGACACUGGCCCUGAACAUCAUCGGUACCAUUGGUUUCGGUUUGCGAUUCCUGUGGCCUGGCGAGAAGGCAUCCGAUAAUCAGGAUCCAAGAAUGAACAAGUACACGCAGUCCGAGAAAGACUCCAAUUAUCUCAUGACGUUUCCCAAUGCCACGGCAGGAAUGUUGGAAAAUAUCUUUGCCAUCUUACUCGUUCCCAGCAUUCUCUUGCGUCAUCUCCCGUUCGAAUGGGCAAGGUCUGCCCAUGAGUCCAAUGUCACAUACGUCCGGUACAUGCGCGAGCUCGUCAAGGACAAGACAGAGGACCUGCACAAAGGGGUCCCCAAGACCGAUGAACAUAUGGACAUUGUCGGCGCCCUCGUGCGGGCCAAGGAUGACCAGAAGAAACAGCAGGAUGUUGGCAAGACAGACAUUAUACCGCCGGGCCUCCAGCUCACAGACGACCACAUCAUCAGCAACGCCUUCAUCAUGAUGCUGGCCGGCCACGAGACGUCGGCAAACAUGCUGCACUUUGCCAUGACCCUCCUUGCCGCACACCCGUCGUCUCAGCGUGCCAUGCAGGCCGACCUGGACAGGCUAUUCCCCGAUGGGGACGAAGAGGCGACCGGCUGGAGGUUCGAGAACUGCAUCAACGACCUCCUCACCUCGAUGCCGGGUGCCGUCCUCAACGAGACGCUGCGCUUCCUCCCGCCCGUCGUAGUGAUCCCCAAACAAGUCUCACCCAGCCGUGACCAGGUCCUGCGCGUCGACGGCGAUAGCGUCGAACACGUCCUGCCCGCCGGCACCAUAGUCUCAGUCACAGUCGUCUCUGCGGCGCGAAACGAGAAAUACUGGCCACCAAAUGAGGCAGGGGAGAGUGACGUCCACGAGUGGAUCCCGGAGCGGUGGUUCCGGGCUUCGUCGUCAUCUUCGCCGCCGCCAGUAGAGACCGCCCAGAGGCGCACCGGAGACUCCCGGGCUGCGGACGAAGAUGUCACCGACGACGAGGGCGACGGGCUGGAGACCACGAGUGCCGGAGCCGAUAAGCCCAUGUUCCGCCCUGUCCGCGGUCUGUUUGUACCCUUUUCCGAUGGCGCCAGAAGCUGCCUGGGCAGGAGGAUAGCGCGGGUCGAGACGGUGACGGCGCUGGCCGUCGUCUUUCGCAAGUACAGCAUGGAGCUUGCUGUUGACGAGUGGGCCGACGACGAGGCCGUCAAACGGAUGAAUGACAAAGAAAGGGCGGAGCUGUACCACAAGGCUAUAGCAAGGUGCAUGGAAACGUUGAAAACCGCCACGUCCACUCUGACUCUCAAGUUGCCAAAGGAUCAAUGUGUACCGGUAAGGGUCGUCAGAAGGGGGAAGGAGAGGUUCGUCGGUCGACUGUGACUUUGGGCUGGUGGUAAGACGGCGUAGAGGAUGAAUGAGCAUCUAGACUAUCUAGAAGUAAAAUCUAGAAAAUGGAAAAUUAUAGCAAUCAAGGCAGAAUCGAGUAUAUUUCGGCACCGCCUCGCCGAGUACCAGGUCAUUAGACAGAACAGCGCUAUCCCAACAUCACCAGCCCGUGGGCUCCGAC